UCAACAUCUCCUAAACCCUAUCGAUCAAAGUUCGUCUCUGUCUGAGCGACCCUGAGAAAACCCAACUCGGAGAAGAAAUUGCUUUGCCAAGAAAAAUGUCUUCGGAAAGGAAGGAGCUCAUUUUGUCAUCUCUCUGUAAACACCUCUUGUUGGAUCCUAAAUUGUUUUUGGGUGACAUUGUGGAGAAUGAUAUCAAGGGCAUGUGCACAAAAGUUUUGAAGUCUUCGGGAAAUGAGGCUUCUUUGAAAUAUAAUGAUGAGAUCAUGAAGUGGAUAUCUUUUGCCGAGAGUUUUCCUGAUAACUCAAAGGAAUGUGUUGGUGCUCUCAAUGGGCUGAAUGAAGAAUUGGCUCAAAAGUCUGUUCUCCUGGGCAAUGGAUUCACGCCUUCUGUGGCUGACAGUAUUGUUUAUGCAGCAAUACACUCUGCUGUGAUUGGCCUUUCCAGUGCAGACAAGGAAAAGUUGCGGCAUGUGAUAAGAUGGGCAGAUUACAUCCAGAGCAAGGAAGAUUUCGAGGCCUUUUUUGAAAAGAUAAUUUUAAAGAAGAGUGAAUUUGAACCUCUGUUUCAGGGUGCAAAAAGUGUAGCUAAGGUGGAAGUAGAUUUGAAUGCAAAGAAGACCGUGGAAGACAAAAAGCACGCAGAUAAAUCAAAAGAUUCAAAACCAGACUCGAAUAUAAAGAAAAGUGAUGCCGAGAAAAAGGCUGCAAAAGGUAAAGAAGCUGCUCAAGAAAAGAAGAAAGCACCAGAAGCAGAUGCAGUUGAUAAAGACAAGGAAGUUGGUGUAAGUUUACUCAGCAUACAGGUUGGACUCAUUCGCAAAGCAUGGAAGCAUCCGUCUGCUGAUAGUUUACUUGUCGAGGAGAUUGAUGUUGGAGAAGCUAAAUUGCGGCAGGUGGUUAGUGGUUUGGCAAAGUAUUGCACUCCAGAAGUGUUGACGAAUCGCCGUGUUGUGCUGAUUACAAAUGUAAAACCCGGAAAGCUGCGGGAUGUGAUGUCUGAAGGACUGGUGCUUUGUGCUUCUAAUGAUGAUCAUACUUUGGUAGAGCCUUUGCUUCCUCCAGAAGGGGCCAAAGUUGGGGAACGAGUUUCAUUUUCUGGGAUUGAUGGAAAACCAGAGGAUGUUUUGAACCCAAAAAAGAAACAGCUAGAAAAGAUUACACCGCAUCUUUUCACCGAUGACAAUGGCGUAGCAACAUUCAAGGGGAUACCAUUUAUGACAUCUGGUGGACCAUGCAAAUCCUCAAUUCCAAAGGCAAGCAUCAAAUGAGUGAUCAGUUGGCCAUGCAAACUAAGUCGUUGAGUGAUCCAGAUUCCAGAUGUUUUGGUUUCAGUUUAAAGGUUUAUAUGUUAGCUGAUGAGAUCCAGUCAUGAUUUUGAUUUGCCUAGAUGAGUUAAUACUUGGUCUUUUAGCAUUUCACAUACAACUAACUGAUGAUGCUGAAAGCUAAAAAAACAUUAUCCUUAUUAAUGGAGGCCAGGCUUCAAAUCUUGGCUGGUUCCUAUUCUCGA